CAUCAGAGAAGGUCAAGAAGUGGAUGGAGAAGAUCUGGAUAUUUGAUUCAGAAUCUCAAAGAUGAUUCUAAAAACCAACUCUGGAAUUAUUAAUACGAAUGCUGGGAGGCAGGAUUCUCGCGUGUACACGGAAAUUACGAAAGCAAAAGGACAUAGAAAUUUUGACUCAAUGGUUUUUGGCUCUGCACGCAUGACUUUCCCUCUUUUUGCGCUAUUUCCCUCCCACGCCCAUGGCUUUCUCCGUUAAUUAAUUAAUUAAUUAAUUCAAG